CAGAGUUGAACCGAUCCGAGCAGAGCCAGGCCACGAAGCUCGGGCCAGAUGGACCCUCUCAGAGCCUGAAAACCAGGAUCCAGACCCGGAAUAAAACCUGGAUCAAAGACCUGGAUUCAACACGGAAACUCCCGGGACGGAAUCCGGUUUAAACCCCGAGCCUUGGAGCAUUUAAACCGGAGGGAGGGCGCGUCAGUAACCGGUCUGCUCUUUCAAAAUGGCUGACGCCGAGGUCUCCCUGUCCCCGGCUCUGCGGCCGCUCCACAUUAACCCCUCUCACUCUGCCCCACCCCCCCCACCAGCCUCCUCCUCCUCCCCCACCACCUUUUCCUGCCCAUCUUCCCCCUCAAGUGCCUCCUCUUCCUCCUCGUCUUCCUUCUCUUCCUCCUGCUCUGAGAGCUCCUCAGACUGCCCCAACCACCAUCACCACCAUCACCAUCACCACCAUCACCCGCGCCCUCAGCUGCAGCUGGCCCCGCCCUCCCACAGCGAGCAGCCGUCCUCCCCCAGCGCCAGCCCCCGCAGCUCCAGCCCCAGCGGGAGCAUCGGCAGCACCGGCAGCCUCGGCAGCAGCAGCGCCAGCGAGGGGAUCGGCAGCAGCGGCACGUCGAGCGGCGGCGACCUGCGAGGACCGAGUCCACCGCUGGAUGUCAUCUCAGAAGACGCCAUGGAGAUGGACCUGGGAGUCGACCAAGUGAUCGACCCUGAAGUGGCUCUGAAGGCCUGCGAGGAAGUGCUUCUCAAGGUCAAGCUGCAGAACAGAGAAGUGCCUGAACAGCAGCAACUUGGCAACAAGCAGCAACAACAACAACAACAACAACACCACGACACAGACUUCACAGAGGGCUCCAGUCCUCAGUGGCACAUCAACCCGGACACCAGCUCCAUCAGAGAGGAGGAGGAGGAGGAGGAGGAGGGGAGUUCUGGGAGGGAGAUACACAAACAAGGUGUUACUUCCCAGCAAGACCCAGCUCCUUCCUCACUGCCAUCGGCAUCAUCAUCAUCUAAACAGUCGUGGCUGCUGCGCCUCUUCGAGUCCAAGCUGUUUGACGUUUCCAUGGCGAUCUCCUACCUGUACAAGUCGAAGGAACCAGGGGUGCAGGCGUACAUCGGGAACCGGCUCUUCAGCUUCCCCGACAGUGAGGUGGACUUCUACCUGCCGCAGCUGCUCAACAUGUACGUGCACAUGGACACUGAGGUGGGAGACGCCAUCAGACCGUACCUGAUCCAUCGCUGCAGAGGCAGCAUCACCUUCUCUCUGCUGUCGGCCUGGCUGUUGGGCGCCUACUCCUCCGACAUGCACAUCUCCACCCAGCGGCACUCCAGAGGCACCAAGCUCCGAAAGCUCAUCCUGUCCGAUGAACUCAAACCUUCCGCUCCUUCAUCCGACGCUCCCAGACCACCGUCAGCUUCCGUCUCCGAGAGCCCGGCGUCCUCGCCGUCCCACCGCCGCUGUCACCGCAGGCACAACAGCAGCAACACGGAGGCCUCCGCCUCCCCGGACAGCCCUGUGUCCGGAGAAGCGGAGGUCUUUGUUUCGCCUUCUAGAAGGACGCACCAGAGAUCCAAGUCGGACGCCACCACGGCGAGCGGUGGGCUCGGUCCUGGCCUCCGACAAACAGGAAAUAACCCAAAGGUGGAGGCGGUUCAUGAGGAGCCAGAUCGUCUCCGUCCUCAGCGGGAGUUCGUGAAGUCUCUGCUCUGCAUCGGGAAGCGUUUGGCCACGCUGCCCACCAAAGAGCAGAAGACCCAGAGACUGAUCUCAGAGCUGUCCCUGCUCAACCACAAGCUGCCGGCCCGAGUGUGGCUGCCCACCGCCGAACACCAGCACCACGUCUGCAGGAUCCCUCACACCCAGGCCGUGGUCCUGAACUCAAAAGACAAGGCUCCGUACAUCAUUUACGUGGAGGUUUUGGAGUGCAAGAGCUUCGAGACGUCUCCUGUUCCCGUUCGGAUCCCGGAAACUCGGAUCCGCUCAGCGCGUUCCGCAGAGAACCUGGACUGUGGCGGCGGCGUCACCGCCGCUAAUGCUAAUGCUAACGGGAUAACAUCAGAGCACAGGGCGGGAAGUUUCUCCACCGUCCCAAACUACGACAACGACGACGAGGCGUGGGCGACCGACGAUAUUGGACAGCUGCAGGUGGAGGCAGAGGCUCAGACCAGCAGCAGUGAUAACAUCAGUCAGUUUUCAGUGGACAGCAUCACAAGUUUGGAGAGUAAAGAGCCGGUGUUCAUCGCCGCCGGAGACAUCAGGCGUCGUCUGUCAGAGAAUCUCGCUCACACUCCAACUUCAUUCAGGAGAGACCCUGAGGACCCAUCGGCCGUCGCCCUCAAAGAACCCUGGGAGGAGAAAGUCAGGCGGAUCAGAGAAGGCUCUCCGUACGGUCACCUGCCGAACUGGAGGUUACUGUCGGUCAUCGUGAAGUGCGGAGAUGACCUGAGACAGGAGCUGCUGGCCUAUCAGGUCCUCAGACAGCUGCAGUCCAUCUGGCAGCAGGAGAGGGUUCCUCUGUGGAUCAAACCUUAUAAGAUCCUGGUGAUGUCGUCCGACAGCGGGAUGAUCGAACCCGUCCUCAACGCAGUGUCUCUGCACCAGGUGCGGAAACAGAGUCAGCUGUCUCUGCUCGACUACUUCCUGCAGGAACACGGCAGCUACACCACCGAGGCCUUCCUCACCGCUCAGAGGAACUUCGUCCAGAGCUGCGCCGGGUACAGCCUCAUCUGUUACCUGCUGCAGGUCAAAGACAGACAUAACGGGAACAUCCUGCUGGACUCUGAAGGACACAUCAUCCACAUCGACUUUGGUUUCAUCCUGUCCAGCUCUCCUCGCAACCUCGGCUUCGAGACGUCCGCCUUCAAACUCACAUCAGAGUUCGUGGACGUGAUGGGCGGUCUGGACGGAGACAUGUUUAUCUACUAUAAGAUGCUGAUGCUUCAGGGUUUGAUUGCUGCCAGGAAACACAUGGAGAAGGUGCUGCAGAUCGUCGAGAUCAUGCAGCAAGGUUCCCACCUUCCCUGUUUCCAUGGCUCCAGCACCAUCCGCAGCCUGAAGGAGCGGUUCCACAUGUCUCUGACUGAGGAGCAGCUGCAGCUGCUGGUGGAGCAGCUGGUGGAUGGAUCCAUGCGCUCCAUCACCACCAAACUCUACGACUCCUUCCAGUACGUCACCAACGGCAUCAUGUGACAAGAGACGGCGCUGACGUCCAAACUUCCUGCCAACUCCGACUGAUUCCCACAGAAACGUCUUCGCACCUUUCACAUCUGGAGUCGGAGACGUUUCUUCUUCUGAUGGAAGCAGAAGGUGAACGAGCCGCUGAGGUUUUACCGGAUUUGUUUUCGUCUGUAACCUCAUCUGUUUCCAUCACGACCGUCUCCGUUGAGCGACGUGGUGUCGGUGUGCAGCUGGGGAGCUACAGCAUCUGGGGUCUUCUCAGCUCAGACAGACAAUAGACAGACUCAGAACUCAGACUUCUGGUUUACUGUGUUGCUGCCUGAGACACAUUUCAUUCAACAGACUUGGAUUUUAGUGUAUUUUACUCUGAACCAGCACAAACCUGAGCACCGCUGCUCUGACGUCAGGGUCACGGAGGAUCAGGAGAGGAAACGCUGAGCGCUGCACCUGAAGCUGUCUGUCUGUGUGUCUGUGUGUCUGUCUGUGUGUGUGUGUGUGUGUGUGUGUGUGUGUCUGUCUGUCUGGCUGUCUGUCUGUCUGUGUCUGUCUGCCUGUCUGUCUGCCUGUCUGUCUGUGUGUGU